UGUGUUAAACAACUUCCGCUCCGUUACGUUACGGUUUCUUGUUGUGUACCCGUCUGUAUGUACUUUUGUGUAGUUCUGUACGGGGAACUUGGUAUAAUACAUUUUCAUUGACAAAUAUACAGUACAUUGCGAUGGCUUCUGCAUUAGAAAACUUCGUGAAUCAUACUGUCUCGGUUAUCACGUCGGAUGGCCGUAACAUUGUGGGAAUGCUGAAAGGAUUCGACCAGACAGUGAAUCUGAUCUUGGAUGAGAGUCAUGAGCGUGUCUACAGUACUGUGACAGGCGUCGAACAGAUUGUACUGGGCCUUUACAUCGUACGAGGAGACAACGUGGCUGUAGUUGGAGAGAUUGAUGAAGAUGCAGACAAACAGUUGGACUUGUCGACGAUCAAGGCUGAACCCCUCAGCUCUGUUGCUCACUGAUUCCAUCCUUGUAGCUGGCAUGUUUCUCUAAAAACUAGGCUAAUGCACGAGAAGUCCCGUAUAAUUUUUGUACUGAUCUCUGUAGGUAUAAUCAGCAAAAUUGGGUAAGAGGUCAUACUUUUAUUUUAAAAACCAGUAGGUCACUGCUCAUCGUGGACUGCUAUGGUCAGUUUGUUGCUAAAGCAAAUUAAGUAGUAAUAGACAUGAAUUUUAAAUAAAUGCAGUUAGCAUUUCUGACCAUUGGUAUGUGUAUAGCAAUUGUGUUGAGAGAACAUCAAUGUGACCUGUACAGUUCAUACAUCACCCACCAUCAUUUAUUGGGUUUUAUCACCUUGUAAAUAUGCAUAAUUUACUUGUUUCUAAGUUGAAAUAAUGGAGAUGUGACGAGGUAGGAGCAUAUUAUCCCCUCUUUAUAAUUGUUUCAGAAUUGUUGUAAUUGCUAUCACACUGUGCCAUAUGUAUGUUUUACAUGAGAGAAUGUACGAAAUAUAUGCACGAUGUACGAUGUAU